AUGGCUGCUAAAUCUGCUGAACAAUCAAGAAAAACUAACCAAAAUAUCACAGUCUGGUUAUCUGAAAACGAAGAGACUGAUGAUGAAUCCGAGUGCUUUCGAACCUUUAUACAUGAGUUUGUAGGACGUAAUUCUCAUUCAAAAGAAACUAAUAAACCUACACCCUUACCUCAUUGGAGAAGAUCUGAAAGCGAAGAGACUGAUGAUGAAUCAGACUGCUGUCGAAACUUUACACAUGAGUUUGCAGGUCGUAAGUCUCGUUCAAAAGAAACUUAUAAACUUACAUCCUUACCUCGUUGGAAAAGAUCUGAAAGUGUAGCCGACCUCAAAAAACUUAAAUCCGAAAUUAGGAAGGAACUUAAUUUAUAUGGAGGUGUUUAUGAAUCAGAAACAGAAGAUUAUGAAUCAGAAACAAAAGAUUAUCUUGAAACUAAUUCUUGGACUCAUAAUUUUAAAACCUUCACUGGUGAACCGUUGCCUUUCACUGGCACUGCGGGGCCAACUAUUUCAUCUAAUGAUCCAUUUACAAUUUUCACCAGCAUUUGGGAUAAGAAAAUCAUGAGUUUGAUUGUUGAAGAAACUAAUAGGUACGCAAAACAAACAGCCAAGUUACAGGUGAAUCAGGAAAUGCCUAAGAAUCAUGUGUCUUUUGAAUGGCAAGACACCACCGUUGAGGAAAUGUAUAUUAUGUUUGCGUUAUUAAUCUUUGCUUCAUAUAGAGGGACAGAAGCUUAUAUAUUUGGAAAGAGAUCGUUAGUGCCGCCAGUUUUUUCUGAAAUCAUGAGUCUGGAACGGUUUUUGGCCUUAAACCGCUUUUUACACUUUGUAGACAAUGAAAAACUUGCAGAAACGGACAAGAUGCUGGCUAAAAUGAAACCUGUAUUGGAUCAUUGCAACGAAAGAUUUGCAUCACUGUAUCGACCUAGACAAUUUUUGGAUGUGGACGAUUCAUUUCUUCUAUCAAAACAAGGCACUGAACGGAGUCUUCGGUUACAGGCAAACUAUUUUGGGGUAAGGACAUAUGAACUGUCAGAGGUAUAUACUGGAUAUGUAUUGAAAAUACUCCAAUAUCCUGGACCAGAUUACAAACUAACUUCUAAGGAUAAAGCACAAAUAGUACUGGAUUUAGUGAGGGAAUAUUCCAAUAAAGGACACCGAGUUGUAACUAAUAACCAGUUUAGCAGUAUAUAUCUAGCUCGUACAUUAAGAUCCAAGGGCUUUGACAAUAUCGGUGACAUUCGAAAGAGUCGGAAAGAUUUACCAGAAAUUAUACAGAAACUGGAAAAAGAUGAAAACGAUUCAAAACUGUACCAAUUGAACGGAAACAAGAUUAGAUUGGUAAGUAGACAUUGUGGAGACGUGUCUGUAGUUGCUUGGAGCGAAUGGGACAUGACAACCUUAUCAACGUACCAUUCAUCGGAGAUGAGAGCCAAUAAACGUGGAAUUAGGCGUCCAGCAUUGACAUUAGACGUCUAUAAAGGGAAAGAAAAGAUAUCGGACAAAGAUGAAGACUUAUCAGACUAUAUCAUGAUACGCCAACCGUCGGAGCGCUGGUAUAUCAGACAGUUCAAAAGUUUGCUCAACAUUAGCUUAAGAAACAUGUAUGUUUUACACAAGUAUAAUACACGUGAUAACCCGUCCCUUAGUCAGGUAAGUUUUAGAAAUAAGUUGGCAAAUCAAUUGCUGGAUUAUUUUGGAGUGAGAGAGUUGGUGGAGAAUGCAAGAGUAAUGAGUUUUGCAGAUACUCAUGAUGGUGAAUCCGAUGUCUCGGAUGCUUCUCUGGAUAGUGAUGACAGUAUUGAUUGCUGCAUUAUGUAA